CCCUUACCAAACCUUAACCCCUACCAUUAGCCUAACCGAACCUUAACCCCUACCAUUAGCCUAAACCUUACCGAACCUUAACCCCUACCAUUAGCCUAACCCUUACCAAACCUUAACCCCUACCAUUAGCCUAACCCUUACCAAACCUUAACCCCUACCAUUAGCCUAACCCUUACCAAACCUUAACCCCUACCAUUAGCCUAACCCUUACCAAACCUUAACCCCUACCAUUAGCCUAACCCUUACCAAACCUUAACCCCUACCAUUAGCCUAACCCUUACCAAACCUUAACCCCUACCAUUAGCCUAACCCUUACCAAACCUUAACCCCUACCAUUAGCCUAACCGAACCUUAACCCCUACCAUUAGCCUAACCCUUGCCGAACCUUAACCCUUACCGUAACCAUUUUAAAUAUCAACUUCAAUGGGGUAGUGUCUCAAGGAUUCCGAAUAGCACGGAUCAAUUUGUUUUGGGGCUAGCUAGUAGCUAUGCCUGUGUGUCUGGUUGCCACAACAAGGGUCUUUUCAUGAUGGUGAUCAAUGAGAGUGCUUAGUUUAGCCUCAAUGAGGUUUCUAUGGCGACCUACCUCCAUUCCCAGGCUUUGCUGUGAAGAACUGAAAAUAACAUUUUAUCAAAUGCCCUUAUCCGGAGUGUCUCACAGCAAGAGCACAUAACAAGGGGAUUAAAGCAUACAAAUGUAAGGCAUGGGUGUAUGUCACUUUUGAUACAUUUGUCUAGAACUUGCAAUGCAUGCAUUUCACUGAUAAAGCUAUAGUGAAUAGAGUUGUGUCCUGGUCUCAAUUGGCCGGUCCAGAGCCCUGUUGUCAGUGCCUGGUGCUGAACAGGAGAACAGAGAGCUGACUGGUGGGGGGGAGGCAGUUCUCACACAGCGAACAGCACACUCAUUGAUCGACUCAAGCGAGGGAUGAGACCAAGAAGGGAAGAGCUUUGCGUCCCUUCUCGGACCUUCCCGGUCAGAUCAGACCUGUAUGGUCGUUAGAAUGAGGUGAAUCACAGUAGGUUAACAUACUAGGGAUGUUGACCAGAGACAAUGAACAGCCAGAUAACAGCCAGUUUCUGUUACUUAACUGAAACAAUGGAAAUGAAAAAAAAACUUUUUUACAUACCGUGGUUGCCAUAACAUUGAAGAACUCCGACGGCGCAUGAUUCAUUCUGAGAAUCGCCCCUCACCAAAAGAUAACUUUCUAUCCUCUGUAGUCUACCCAGGCCCUGAUCUCCCCUCUGUAACCCCUGUGCCAGGCUGACUCUGUGCCAGGCCUAAUCUAUACAGAAGCUGGGGGCACAGGACUGCUAAUGAGAGAGGAGGACUGGCAUGGGGGAUUGGGACUGUGCGAUGAGGGAAUGACCCAGUCUGAUUUGAUUUGCAUGCAGCCAAUCUGAACGGAAUGAACAGCUGAUCUUUCAUUAUGCAUGUGCCGUGUGUCCCGUUCUAAGAAUCCUGAGAAGUGUUUUGGAUGUGAAACUCAAGUUAUUUAAAGGGCCAAUUAAUAACAAAAAGUCUGUUUUGGUAAAAAGCUUAGGGAUGGGCUUGGAGAAGUGUAACCACACUCAAAUAUAUGGACAGAGCUAUGGAUGCAAGGACUAACCGUCGAUGAUAACAACAUUAGUGUUUAACCAUGUUUUGAGGCUAUACACUGUUUACAUUUUACAAUGUUUACAAACAUUGGAGUAAAACAUGCUUCUAUUUUGGGUUCUGAUGGGGUACACAAGUUGAACUAAGCUCAUUAGGCAAGUCCAAAAACGUAUGUAGCUGCAGAUUGCCUCUUUUAAGUGAUUAUUACUGGUGGUUUUGGAUUGUUGUUGUGGCAUUCAGCUCCGGUGUCUUUCUCUGUUUGUAAAAUGGAAUACCUGCUGUCCCUGCCUGAGCGCACUGAUGUCCCAGCAGUACAAACACAGCUGGGUGUCCCCCCUCUCCCUUCCAUUUUGAUUGGCAGAAAUCACGAGACGCCCCCUGAUAUUGACCUACAGGAGGAAAGCAGGAAGGUAUCCAGUGGGUUUAGGUUUCAGUUGGGGGAACGAACAGAGUGCCUAUUUAGCUACACAACAAGGAAAGCAGUGUCCUCUACAGUAUAGCCAUUCCCAUACCAAGAUGGCUGAUGUGAAGACGGAGCACUCAGACAGUAAAUGCAGCAUAGACGUCACAACCUAAUAUUAACAGUUAAAAGAAAGCCUAUGUAGUGUGUAGCUUUGAUGACACCUCAGGGGACUACAAAAGUUAAAAGAAAGUUAAACUCCAAAUCGCACUAAUCCAGGUGCUGUACAGUAAAACCAUAGGGGGGGUGUAUUCAGGGGCUUAUCACAUUACGCUGUUCAAUGACUACUAGGUCUACCACAUCUACCAGGCUACGCAAAGAACAUGUUGUCAUUGUCGCGUUACUGUUUCCACUCUAGGUCUUGUCCGUCUACUUUCUUGUAUUGGCUACAAGCCUGAAGGUUGUUUAUCAAGCCUUUGCAUUGCAGGUGAUAUGCUCCCUGUUCUAUUGUUUUACCAGUGUCAUGAGUUUGAAUGAAAUUCUGAUUAUAAGAACUGGAGAGGGCUAUGGAGUAGGCUUGAGCAGGGACAUAAUGACAGGGAGAAAAAAGAGAGGGCAAGAGGCAUUGGCACAGCAACAGCCCUAUUGUUGACCCAGAUCUCUCCUGCCCUCCCCAGUCUACACACAGUGGGAGUAUCACAGCUGUCUCCAGUCCCUCUCUUUAACAUGCUGUUGGCUUCCAGGAUUAUACAAAGUCCAAUGGUUGAAUAGGCAGGGAUUUUAAACCAAGUUUAGAGUUGUCAUACUCAUAGAGGUUGGCACGGGGUUGAGAAGCCUUUUACAGAGGUCAUCAAGGCCAACAUUGGUGAUGCGCAUGCCAUGGGCCAGAAACCAAUCACAUUUCUCCGACAGGUUGUAGCGCUCUGCGCCUACCCAGAUCUCCUAGAAGACGACAAGUUUCCAGAGGAUGCUAAAAAUAGAGCACGACGCAUCCUUCAGGCCUGUGGAGGGGGAAGUAUAGGUGCAUACAGUGCUAGUCCAGGCAUUGAGAUCGUACGACAGGAUGUGGCUAAAUACAUUGAGAAGCGGGACGGUGGCAUCCCCAGUAACCCCGACAGCAUCUACCUCUCCACCGGGGCCAGUGAUGCCAUAGUGACCAUGCUAAAGUUGUUGACGUCAGGCGAGGGGAAGAACCGUACAGGGGUGAUGAUCUCCAUCCCUCAGUACCCCCUCUACUCUGCUGCUCUGGCUGAGCUGGCGGCUGUCCAGAUCAGCUACUACCUGGACGAGGACAAGUGCUGGAGCCUGGACGUCGGUGAGCUAAGGAGGGCUGUGAAGGCAGCCAGGGAGCACUGUAAACCCCGCGCCCUCUGCAUUAUCAACCCUGGCAACCCCACAGGUCAGGUCCAGAGCAGGCAGUGCAUUGAAGAUGUGAUCCGAUUUGCUGCUGAGGAGCACCUUUUCCUGAUGGCUGAUGAGGUGUACCAGGAUAAUGUGUACGCGGAGGGUUGCCAGUUCCACUCCUUUAAAAAGGUUCUGUUUGAGAUGGGACCAGAGUACUCCAGUGUUGUGGAGCUGGCCUCCUUUCACUCCACCUCCAAAUGCUUCAUGGGAGAGUGUGGUUUCAGAGGAGGGUACAUGGAGGUGGUUAACAUGGACCCUGAGGUGAAGUUGCAGCUGACUAAGCUGGUGUCUGUGCGGCUGUGCCCCCCCAUCCCUGGGCAGGCCCUACUGGACCUGGUGGUCAAUCCCCCUCAGCCUGACGAGCCUUCCUAUGCCACCUUCAUCAAGGAGCGUACUGCCAACCUGGAUAUCCUGGCUGGGAAGGCCAAGAUGACAGAGCAGAUCCUCAACACGGUCCCAGGGAUCCACUGUAACCCUGUCCAGGGAGCCAUGUACACCUUCCCCCGCCUCUCACUGCCAGAGAAAGCCAUCAACGCGGCAAAGGAGAAAGGCCAGGCUCCAGACAUGUUCUACUGUAUGAAGCUGCUGGAGGAGACUGGUAUCUGCCUGGUUCCAGGUAGCGGCUUCGGGCAGAGAGAUGGAACCUACCAUUUCAGGAUGACCAUCUUACCUGCAACUGAAAAGCUGAAGGUUGUAUUGGAAAAGAUCAGGGAGUUUCAUAAGCGGUUCACAGAGGAGUUCUCAUAACCCCACUCACCUUCACCUCCCCUCCUCUUCCCAGUCUGGUCUAUAACAAAACCCCACCCCUCUUCCCAGUCUGGUCUGUAACAAAACCCCACCCCUCUUCCUAGUACGGUCCGGUCUGUAACAAAACCCCACCCCUCUUUCUAGUACGGUCCGAUCUGUAACAAAACCCCACCCCUCUUCCUAGUACGGUCUGUAACAAAACCCCACCCCUCUUUCUAGUACGGUCCGGUCUGUAACAAAACCCCACCCCUCUUCCUAGUACGGUCCGGUCUGUAACAAAACCCCACCCCUCUUUCUAGUACGGUCCGAUCUGUAACAAAACCCCACCCCUCUUCCUAGUACGGUCUGUAACAAAACCCCACCCCUCUUCCUAGUACGGUCCGGUCUGUAACAAAACCCCACCCCUCUUUCUAGUACGGUCCGAUCUGUAACGAAACCCCACCCCUCUUCCUAGUACGGUCCGAUCUGUAACAAAACCCCACCCCUCUUCCUAGUACGGUCCGAUCUGUAACAAAACCCCACCCCUCUUCCUAGUACGGUCCGAUCUGUAACAAAACCCCACCCCUCUUCCUAGUACGGUCCGAUCUGUAACAAAACCCCACCCCUCUUCCUAGUACGGUCCGAUCUGUAACAAAACCCCACCCCUCUUUCUAGUACGGUCUGUAACAAAACCCCACCCCUCUUUCUAGUACGGUCUGUAACAAAACCCCACCCCUCUUCCUAGUACGGUCUGUAACAAAACCCCACCCCUCUUCCUAGUACGGUCUGUAACAAAACCCCACCCCUCUUCCUAGUACGGUCCGGUCUAUAACAAACCCCCCCCUUCCCGGUCCGGUCUGUAACAAAACCCCACCCCUCUUCCCGGUCU